CUCGUGUUCCAGGAUUUAGCACGCAGCGGGCUCUGUCUGUGGCUCAAGCGCGCGAUUCAACCUCCUAGUCCCUACACCGGCUUGGAGACUCAGGACGGCUAUUUUUCCCACCGACCGAAAGAGAAAAUGCGAACAGACAGCAAUAAUGAAAAUUCAGUCCCCAAGGACUUUGAAAAUAUUGAUAACAGUAACUUUGCUCCCAGGACUCAGAGGCAAAAACACCAGUCUGAGCUGGUGAAAAAACCCAUUAGCAAGCAGAAGGAGCACUUGAGAAAGAAACUGGAAGAGGAAAAGGUGAAAGAGAACUCACUAUUGGGGAAGAACUCAAAUGAAGUGGUGCAAUUCAGUGAUCAUCCUGGAAAAAACAGUAGCAACAACAAUCUGAAGGAGAUUCACAGGUCUCCCAGACAGCAUCAUUUCAAAAAAAAUGGAAACAGCUCCCCUGAACUGAGAUAUGACCAACCACCAAGGUGCGAGAUAACUGGCAAAGAGGCAAUCUCAGCCAUGUCCCGGUCUAAGUCUAAGCAGUGUCGACAGGAGAUUGCAGAGAUAUAUUGUCAGCACAAGCAUGGGAAGCUGAUGCCGGAAAAGGUGACACGUUUCUGUGCCCUGGAGGGAAAAGCCAACAACAACGUGCAGUGGGACGAGGACUCUGUGGAGUACAUGCCAGCCAACCCUGUCAGGAUCGCGUUUGUCUUGGUGGUUCAUGGCAGAGCUUCUCGGCAGCUCCAACGCAUGUUUAAGGCUAUUUACCAUAAAGAUCAUUUUUAUUACAUUCAUGUUGACAAGCGAUCCAAUUACUUACACCGGCAAGUGCUCCAGUUUGCCAGUCAGUACCCAAAUGUGAGAGUCACUUCUUGGAGAAUGGCAACUAUCUGGGGAGGAGCAAGUCUUCUGUCCACCUACCUGCAGAGCAUGAGGGACUUAAUGGAGAUGAAUGACUGGCCAUGGGAUUUCUUCAUUAACCUCAGUGCUGCCGACUACCCAAUCAGGACAAAUGACCAGCUAGUCGCGUUCCUGUCCAGGUACCGUGAUAUGAACUUCUUGAAGUCACAUGGGAGGGACAAUGCAAGAUUUAUUAGAAAACAAGGGCUGGAUCGGCUUUUCCUGGAAUGUGAUACGCAUAUGUGGCGUUUGGGGGACCGACGGAUCCCCGAAGGAAUCGCGGUCGAUGGAGGAUCUGACUGGUUUCUCCUGAACAGGAAGUUUGUGGAGUACAUAACUUAUUCCAAUGACGACCUGGUAUUCAAAGCAAUCCUUCUUUUCUCAAAACUGCAACUUUUAUGCUUGUUCCAAAGAUCACUGAAGUCGGAGGGGCUUUUCCUCGAUUUCAGCGGGCUUUGGAUCGUCCCACUGUUGUCCUUCUUUCACACCGUUCUGGAAAAUAGCCCAUACUGUGACUCCAUGGUGGACAACAAUUUGCGUAUCACAAACUGGAACCGUAAACUGGGUUGCAAAUGUCAGUACAAGCACAUUGUGGACUGGUGUGGCUGUUCGCCUAACGAUUUCAAACCAGCAGACUUCCACAGGUUCCAGCAGACUGCCAGGCCAACGUUCUUUGCCCGCAAAUUUGAAGCCGUGGUGAACCAAGAGAUAAUUGGCCAGUUGGACUAUUAUUUGUACGGCAACUACCCCUCUGGCACGCCAGGUCUCAGGUCAUACUGGGAGAACGCGUACGACGAGCCCGAUGGCAUCCACACCCUCAGUGAUGUGGCACUGACCAUGUACCACUCGUUCUUGCGCUUGGGCCUGAGGAGAGCUGAGACUUCGUUCCACACCGCUGGAGACAACAGCUGCAGAUACUAUCCCAUGGGCCAUCCAGUUUCAGUCCACCUUUACUUUCUUGCUGACCGUUUCCAAGGCUUCCUGAUCAGACAUCAUGCCACCAACCUGGCUGCCAGUAAGCUAGAAACUUUGGAGACAUGGGUGAUGCCAAAGAAAGUCUUCAAAAUUGCAAGUCCACCGAGUGAUUUUGGAAGGCUGCAGUUCUCAGAGAUUGGCACCGAAUGGGACGCCAAGGAGAGGCUUUUCCGGAACUUCGGAGGACUUCUGGGGCCGACGGAUGAGCCAGUGGGCAUGCAGAAGUGGGGGAAAGGCCCCAACGUCACCGUCACUGUCAUUUGGGUCGAUCCCGUCAAUAUAAUUGCAGCAACGUACGAUAUCCUUAUUGAAUCCAGUGCAGAAUUUACUCACUACAAACCACCUUUGAAUUUGCCCCUCCGACCUGGUGUCUGGACAAUUAAAAUUUUGCACCACUGGGUACAAGUAGCUGAAACCAAAUUCCUCGUUACUCCCCUCACUUUCUUUAAUCGGCAGCCUAUCAAGCAAGAGGAAGUCAUGAAGUAUCACAGUGGGCCUCCAAGGAACGCAUAUAUGGAGCAGAGCUUCCAGGGCUUGAACCCAGUCCUAAAUAUCCCCAUCAGCGCCACCCAGGUGGACCAAGCCAGGAGGAACGCGGCGCUCAUGGGCACCAAGCUGGAGAGCUGGGUGGACUCGCUGGUGGGCAGCAUGUGGUCGGCGGUGGACAUCUGCAGCAGCGGGGCCACCUCAUGCCCAGUGAUGCAGGCGUGCAGUCAGACGGCAUGGAGCUCGCUGAGCCCCGACCCCAAGUCUGAGCUGGGCCCCGUGAAGCCUGACGGUCGGUUGAGGUAGCAUCUGGUACGCUCUUCUUCGGCAUAGGUUUUAAAAGGGAAUUUAACCUUGCUCAUAUGUGAAUCUCGCAGCAGAUUUCAGAAGCCUAAGGAAACGAUAUACCUUUUUGUUACAUGUUGCAAUAUAAUUCCUAAAAAUCUGACAAAGCCUUUGGCACUGUUCUCUCCGUCAGCUCGGCAACCUCUUUUGGGUUUCUUAGGGCCAUGGCCGUACCUGACUGCGUUGUACCCACGGCCUUGGCAGAUGUGGGAACAGUAACAACAAGUCAAGGAGAGGGCAGUGAAGGAGCAGCUGCUAAAAGUGUUUUUAAAAAAUAAAUUUAUGUGUACUUCUGCUGUUUCAUAGGCUUUAAUUAUUUUGCUCUCAUGAAUAAAUCACAACAAAAUUCCCUACUAUUUAUGCUUCCAGGGAAGGUUGGCUACUGCAGGCUAUAUCCCAUAUGGCCACUUUACCUGACAGAACAUGAAAUAAGUGGGAUACACCUUUGCUCAUUAUUUUUUUAUAACACAAAGUAAUUCUGGACUCAGCUAAUAAUGUCUGUUGUUGCCGUAGUUAGGGAAAAUGAGCAAAAGCAGUGUUAUUUUCAGACUGAUUUCCUGAUAAGCUCUAAAUGGAACCGGUAUUUGCAGUCAUAGUUUUUUAUCGUUCAUGCAGUCAGCUUCAGGAUCUUGGUACUACUAGCAUUAUUUUUAAAAGCAAAGACGCAUUUUGGAUUCCAGCCCAUUUGACGGCUGCUUUUUCUUAAGCCCACCAGCACUUAAGCCUGUUCACAGCCCUCCUGUACAGCGAGCUGUAUGGAGGAAUUGGGGUAGCUUGUGAUGUGUCUGCUCGCACCAUGUGAUAAGUUUUCUCAUGAGGUCACAGUUCAGUUCCUCAGAACCGGUGAAAUGGUAGAAUGGCCCUUUGCAGUUUAGAGUUGGAGAUUAUUUUUCUCAAUGGGAACAAGAUUGGGACCUAAAUGUGCAGCAUUCUGAUUCUUCCCUAAUUUGAGCAGUGGCUAAUGAAUCUUAACACUAAUUUCCUAGCUUGAUCUCAGAUCUGCCAGCUCUUCGUGAAGGCAGCUAUUUUUAGGGUUGCAUAGGGUGUGUGGAAGGUUGUGGUGAGCAGGACAGGACAGUUCCUGACCGAAGCCAUGAGCUGAAUAGGAAGGAGAGCAACACUGUAUUUCUCAGUGCUGUUAGUUUAUUCUGUCAACAAACUCCACCUUUGCCUGUGUUCAGCUUUUGGCUUUCUAGCAGGCUGCAUCCUGUUUUGGAUAUGUACAUCUCACAUCAUUUUAACCUGCAUUUUCUAUAGUAGGAAAAAAAAAUUAUUUACAUUCCAACUACUUUUUGAAAUAUAUGUUUUUAUAUGCAAAUUCAUCUCCAGCUGAAGCAUUUUUCAUUUGUAUAAAACAUGCACUUUUUUGUUGUUGCUGUGGUAAUCUCUUGAUAACAACAUAACCCAAAAAGGCUAUUAGAAGCUGUUGGGCUAAUUAUAAAAAAAUCCUGUUACUUUAGUAAGGUAAGGUAUCCAUUUACCGUUCUGUGUGCACGUUUAACUUUCAUUUCUGCUGAUGAGAGUUAAGCUUGCACAUCAGGAGGGAAAUAGACCCUUAAAUCAUUCCAUAAUUGCAUCUCACGGAAAGGUUGAAUUCCCUUUUAAACAACAAUUGCAAGAUGACCAUAACACACAGAUGCCAGUGGCUCGUUAUAUUUCUCUCCACAGUGUUGGUUUAAAGCUACUUGCAGUUUGCUUUGGACUUGAAAUUGCAGUGUCAGCUGUGCUGGCAUUAAGGCAGAGCAUUUAAAUGUUUAUCUGGCACAAAAAUGGAUGCAUAGAAGGAACAAUUUAGAUAUUUAUUAUUUAUGUUUUAGUCAAUGACUAAUUAGUAGGUGCUGCUUUUGCAGCUUGAAGAUUAUGUUAUCUUACUAACUGAAGCUGCCUUUAUUAAGGAAAGGCCUUCCUCCCCCUCACACCUCCCUUUCUUUUUUUCUUCCUGAUUUUGACUGUCACAGGAGCUGUAGUUUUAGGAAAGCUUGUAGCAAUGAGAGCUGGUUGAAAUGUUUCUGUCAAAAUAGCGUUCCUGCUUUUCAGCCACGUGUUUAAAACUAGGGUUUCCAACAGGUUUAUAUAAUAGAAACGCAACGUUAUUACUCAUUCAGUAGUUUUUGGUUUUUUUAAGUACUUAUUUUUAAUCUAACAUUCCAUCAUGAAGGUCAAAUUUUCUGGGGACCUCCAGUCCUCACUGUGAAAUCCGGGGCUUUAGUCACAUUGCUGCAACGGGAACUGCACGGUUAAAGCCCUGCAGAUCAAAUGGAGAGCAUCACAUUUAGGGCACAUAGUAAUACUCAUUAGCUAUCCUAGUCACUGAUCGUUCUUAGUAAGAUUACUGCGGUAGUUGCAAAAUCCAGUCUGUCUUGCACAUAAUCAUAUGUAUAAGGGUGCGCCCACACACACAUGCAGAUAAUCUGGUUUUAAAAUUUGAUACUUUUUUUAUUCUUAAACAGGAAUGUUUUUAAGUAAGUGCUUUGUUGAGAAGUUCUCAUUAUUAACUAUGUCAAGCAGAAGGUGGCAACAAUCCAGGCUUUUAUGUUUAGAAGAAAAGCUGCCACUUUUAUCAUUUAAAAUGUAAGGUUCAAAUUACUUUGUUUUAGUUUAAAGAAAUCAAGUGGUUGCUGAUAUACCUAUUUUCAUUAUAUACUAUGUUUAAAAUAACUCAAAGAAAUAUUUUGUAUUAGUUUGUUUUCUAAAAGACAAAAAGCAUCUGCAUGAGGAAGUUCUGUAGCAAGCUGGCAGUUCCAGUGCCAGGAUCCAAGGUUAGAUGUAUGGCUGAAGAGGCUGGUCCUGCAGUCCUUCCUCAGGCAAAACAUCCAUGGAGCAUUGGUUCUGAGUAAGGACCUUAGAGUCAAAUCCAGCAUAAGUGACAGGUGUGACAGUAUGCUACGAAUAAAUACUGUAUGUGUGUGAAAUCAUUACAGGAUGAGUUGCUGUAUUUGGAGCAUCUUCUGCAGUGAGUGUCAAGUUCUGGACCUACAUGACAACCCCUAUUAUAGCUAUUAAUAUGCAGACACAGAUAUACAGAUUAUAUAUGGGACACUGUGUCUGAGUUACUAAGUGCUAUAAUUGUGGAGUAAAAUCCAUGGAAAGCAAGACUGCUUCCCUCGGGGAUCAGCACUUGCUCCGAGCUGUUGCUGUGGCAGUGCUGCUAAGACCUCUGUUCUGCUUAGUGGCUUUUGUGGUUCGAGCACAGCAGGCACUUGAAUGCCUGUGAUGAAUGCUAUAUAUUGUUGGAAGAGAAUAACUUCACAGAUCUUACAUUUGGUGAAAAGGAGAAUUCAGAGCAGGGACCCACAGUUUGUACAAAACAAGGUUAUGCAUCUUCAUUUGAAUGUGCUAGUGUUAUUUUCCAGUCGCGCUGGCUAGUCCUUUCCGACUGGGGCUCCAUCCGAAAGCCAGCUUUGGUCCAAAUCCCUUUCUGUGGGAAAAGGCGAUAUGUCCAUAAGCACACGUUUGUCCUCUGUGUAAUGCUUUGCUGGUUUAAAUUUUGUGCCCGUUCUGCUAGAUUGCCUUGCACCACUUCUGUGGUUAAUCAGUAUUACACAGAAAGGAAAUGUGGCAAAAUGCAGAACAUCUACUUACAUGUUUUAAUGAAUUAAAUCUAAAGUCAGUCUUAGCAAUAUGCAAGCCUGUUUAUAUGGUAAUGUUAAACCUUAAGGCUAAUAGAAAUAGCUCAAAUGAUAGAUUUGUCCAGUUCUUUCUUUGGUGACCUUUGGACAUUGAGCAGUAAUGUUUAUAUUUUUCUUUUCUGAUAUACAAAGAUUUUUUAGAAUUGGAACUAUGUCUUCAUUUUUUUGUGCUCUCUACAAGUAGAGAGAGUAUUUUAACAAGUUGUCCGUCACAGCAAGUAUUAUACAAGGAAGUCCAUCUGUAUCUCUGCUGCUAAGCCUUCUUUAUUGCUAAGCCUGGAGAUAGAGGAACGUGCGUUCGUGUGUCACAAGUUGGCUUUCCCACGUAUUGGCUUCAGUGCAUAGUGCGUGUACAGUUGUUUAACGGGAUGUUAACAGUGAUCCUGCAGCACCUUCAAAAGGGCCAGCUAAUGUGUUUUCACCGUCUGUCCAUCUCCAGUAGCACUAACUGCAGUACUAAUGAAGUCUCAAGCUCUCUUAGCCGCUGUUAUAGUGAGCAGAGUAGUGAAGUCAGUGAGUCAGAACUGGGAAAUGAAACUGAACCUGGCCAAAGGGGGAGAUGAAGAGUAAAGAAGGUGCCAAAACUUUGGAAGAGUGUGGCAGAACUGUGCUGCAGCAGAACUGUGAGCAAACUGAGCACCUUCUCUUCUGCACAGCACGGCUGACAAAUGCUGCUACCAUGAGAUCGUAGCUUUGACUUCUCCUAUUAAAAAUAAAACAAAAUCCCGAUGUUUAUUGUUUCCGGACAACAAGGGCCCACUUUCUGUUGAUUUCUGUACUGCUCCUCUUUCAUCGCAGCUGUCAAAGGGCUGCCAGCUUGCUGCCAGCUAUCACGCCCUCCUCCUUGUUGUCCUAGCUCCCAGAGUUGGCCAGAGGAGACCUUGGUCACUCCGUUGCUUUCAGUUGAGCAGGAAGUUUUGUUCUUAUGUGAUCCAAAUCCCUUAGGCUGCUUUAAAACUCCCAGCUGGGAAACAGCAGUUUGCUUUUCAAGGCAGCCUUCAGUCAGCUCAGUCCUGACCUAUAUGAAGAAGUCUGUAGAAGUGAUGGUAAUUAUCUUUCCCGCGCUUUCAGACACGGUAUUUAAUAUACCUACUAGUAGGUCUGGACAGCAACAGGAUAAGGCUGAGCUGGUAGGAGGCAGUUAGAAGUGUUUCCCCAUGUUCCUUGCUGCAGUCUGGUAGUGAAAAGAUGCUAUUUUAAAAAUGUGCUCUUAUUUCAGCUAUUCUAAAGGCCUCCAAGAUAGUCUUAAGGUUCAUAGGACAGUACCUUAAACCCCUAUUAAAAAUGACGAUUGAUAUCAUCAUGUAAAAAAGACUCCUCAGCGCUAACCCUCAGUGCUCAGCUACUGCUGAGACAACAUGGCUCCCAGUGAGCGUAGGACUUUGUGGGGAAAUACCUGUCAUCUUCCUGUAGGCUACGCGGAGUGAGCGAGGGCUGUCCUGUAACUCCCGUCGAAGGUGUAGACUGCAAAAGCUGGGCCUUCUUUGGAAACCUCCCCAGCGUGAGUGAAAGAAGCAGGCUCAGAGCCUUUAACGCUGAGGCAGGAAGAUCUUAUCGUUGAUGUUACCCAGUUCCAGGGCCACAGUAGCAUUAGGGUGUCUCCAGUUAAGCGCAGUGUUGCUAGCCAUUAAUCCUUGUGACCUGAUCCUGCAGGUACCAUGUUGAUUUUGUUCCUUCAUACUAACAGUAGUGUACAGCUCGCUCUCUGCUCUUCGCUUCUGCCUUGGUUACCUUCUUUUGCUCAUGGGUGCUAUCACAGCUGCUACCUCACUCUGUCUGCAAACACGUUUACCUGACAACAACAAAAAAAGGUACCAGAAAUCUCCUUCAACUGAAUGUACAAUCUAUGCAAAUUCUCUUUCUAUUUUGUUAAAAAAUCCUAGAAGCAUUACUUGUAACCUUGCCAAAUAAACAGCAAGAUACUGUACAGGUGCCUCUGAUAACAGAGUGACGAUUCCAGGCGCGGUUCAUUGCGCUGCCUUUGUAUGUUGUAAUGACUUGACUUGUCUUUGGUUCUGUUGUAAUUAAUACCCUUGGUGAGACAAUAGUAAUCUCUUGCUAGAGGAGCACCUUCAGUUUGCUGGGAAUAUUCUGGAGGGGAUGUCUACUGCAUUAUACUUUAUUUUCCUGCUUACAUACAGAGGAAGGCACAGACCUACUGGCCAAAAUUAGGAUGUUUGAGAAUUUUCUUGGGUAAAUCCUAUCAGCUUUGGAUUUCUCAGUGUAUGUUGCCCUUGUGGCAUCCAAUGUGGUGCCCCUUAAAGAAAGCCUUACUUUCAUCCUUUCUAAAUGUGGCCUUAAACUGUAUUAGAAAGUUAGAUGUUGUCUGUGUCUUGCUCACUUUUUCUGUUUGCUGUAGAAGGACUAAAAGGCACCUUGAGCUUUCUAUUACAACUCAGCUGUGUUGCUGUCAGCUUACACUUCACAAAUACAAUAGAAAUUGCUUACAAAUGCAGUCUUUAAGGGGAGAAAAAAAUGACCUUCCCUUUGGACAAAAGGAAAGCUCAGACAUUCCUAUAAUCCUUAGGAAAUUAUGAGCUUUGUCUUUUGCAACUUAAUGCAGAUAGGAAAGGUUGAUUUAAUUACCUACAGAGUGAUAACUUAAUACCUUUUUAUUUAUCUGCAGAGUAUAACAGGACAGACUUUGCUCUCAGAUGCACAAGACCAAUUCUGGAGUGAUUUCACUCAUUUUGACAUGACUUAGUAGCAUUCCUUUCAGAUUUGUACUGGUAACUGGGAGAAGACAUAUCCUCUUAAUGUUAUAGUCUUAAAAUCUGAAGAACUUGACUACUUGGGGCCAGAUUUUGAGUGAUGGUUGGGAACCUGGCAGUACACACAGAAGACAGAGGAGUCUGGCUGUAUCAUUAAAGUUGCAAACACUUUCCAAAAUCAGGCGUUUGCAACUUUAUCCAACGGGUGUCGAAACCGAGGACUUCUGAUAAGGCUUGUGUACGCUGGGUUUUUUUAAUACUCUUCUCCAUCAAGAACUGUCAUGUUUCAGUAGCACCAGUAUUCCCGGCAGGCUGCAGUGCUUUUAGGAAUCCCAAACCCUACCGAGUUUCAGUAUUCUGAUGCGGAUAUAACCCAAAGGCAAUUGAAAAGGGUUUACAUAGCAAACAAGAUUUGUGAAACAAAAAGAAUUAAUUUGAGUUAAUGAUUUUUCUGACUUUGUCAUUUUGGUUUUGGUUGAUUGGGUUUUUGUAUUGCCUAACAUAGUCCAUAAUAAGUUAUUCCUAUUCUAUCAUUUUUUCAAAGACUGGUGGUAAUAUAGUUUUAAGAAAUAACUAUUUUGUUAUAAAUCAUAAUAUGCAUUAAAAACUGUACAGAAAUAUUUUGUAAGCUAUUGAAUAAGAAAAAAAAUGUAUAUACAGCAAAGUUAAAAAAAAAAAUUGGAAAUUCAAAUGGAACACACUGAAAGAUGUAGAUAUUUUGCUAUUUAUUUAAAGGAGUAUUUUAUGAGAUAUUGAAAUGUCUUAAAUUGACCGGUAAUCAAAGUUCAAAGUCAGAAUGCUUUUCUUGUAGUAGAAUGUGAUUUUCAGCAAUUAUUGCACUACCCGUUUUUGCACCCUUUUGUCUUUCAUUUAGCAGAAAACAAUGUGCCUUAGCUGUAUUCUUUGUCUAUUGGAGUUUGGGUUUUUUGUCCGACAAAGCAAAUUUUUUUGCAGAAAAAGAAAUGGAUGUAUUAAAUACUGUAUCAUACCAAAAACACUGCAGUUGUAUAUAAAUGCUUUCUGUCAUACUGUGUUUUCAGGUGCAGAAUUUUAAAAUAAAAAAAAAAAAAGGUUGUCUU